CUCCUUGGCAUGCUCCUCCCCCGCAGCCGUUUUGGCUCAAGCCGUUCUGGCUCGGCAGCGCUCGGGCCCAGGCCGAGCGGCGGUGCCUGGGCCGAGGCCGAUGGAGGAGUCGAUGGAGGAGCCCGUGCGGCCGGGCACGCCAUCCGACGACGGCAGCCUCGCCGUGCGGGAGGCCAUCGAGGCGGGCGCCCGCGGCGCCCGCGGCUCGCUUGCGAGCAGCUCCUCCGCCUCCGGGAUGUCCGAGCUCGCCUCCACCGCCGACGGGGUCCUCGCGUCGAUCGACUCGACCCUGCAGGUGCUGCAGGCGGCGUCCUCGCGCCUGGAGAACCAGCUCGAGAGCCAGCAGGAGAUGUUCGGGCUCGUGAUGGACGCCGUGAGCCGCCGGCACAGCGGGGCGACGGAGCACGCGCCCAGCGACUGCCCGACGCCGCCGCGCGCGGCCUCCGCGGGGCUGCGGCGGGCGUCGUGGAGGGCUGCCCCCAAGGCCGCGACGCGGUCUCGCACAGGAUGUCACGGAACGACCUCAGCUGGCAACGACUGGAGAGGUGCCAAGCUCAAUAAUUCCACCCCGUCGCCGCGCGCGGCGGCCCAGCCUUUCCGAGACCCCGUGGAGGACGAGACGCACGGAACUUGCGACGGUGCGCUCAACGAGAACCUCCAGGUCCUCAUCAUGGAUGAGGACGCCAAGGCGGCGCCCCCGCUCACGCCGACGCACCCUCUGAGCUUGCCAGGUGUCGGACGCGUGAUGGGGAGUCAACGAUCGGGCGCCUCGCAGGCCUCUCACACUUGCGCCGAGAGUCCACCGAACCCGUCCAGUGGGGGCCUCACGAAGAAGAACAAGAUCUUCCGCGGUUUCAGCCACCGUACCCUCUCGAGCGCCUCAGUGCAAACGUCGCCGAGGUACACGGUCACGUCGCUUUACGGCGUGGGCAAUCCCAGCAGCGACACAGCUCGAGACCCUUCGGGAUUCUGGAAGGGCACAAGAAAAAGCUUCGGGAUCGUGCCUUCCGGCGACACGCCCAGCACGGCAUCCUUCGCGUCCAGGGUAAAUCAGGUGCUGGCGGGCAAGGCCGAGGAUGUCGCGCGGUCGGUGAUCCUCGGCAAUGGUGGAACCCUCCUGGACGACGAGGUGAGCAUGCCUCGUUUCAUGCUCUCGCCUCAGAGCCCGGUGCACGUCGUCCUGGCGAUCCUAAUGAUUGUUGGGGUCGUUUACACGGGGCUUCUGAGCCCUAUCGUUCUGGCUUAUUUCCACAGCGACAGGGUCUAUCCCAUCUGGUCGAUUCCGAUGCACUUCGCGGACGCCCUGUGGCUGGUCUUCAUCUUGGUCCUGUUUCGCAGUGCGCUCCACGAUCAGAGUGGGUCCGUGGUCGUGGACGCUCGGAAGAUAGCAGCGCACUACGCGCGCACGUGGCUUCUGAUGGACUUGCUCUCUGCGUGGCCAGCUUUCCUCGUCCCCGAGGGCACCGCAGCUUACAGCGCGUGCAUGGUCCUGAAGCUGCUGCGCGCGCCGAGGUUGGCACCACUGAUGUCCCUGCUCAUGAAGGAGUGCCGGGUCUACGUCCUAUCGCCCUUGAAGUGGGGCCUCAUGAUGCUGUUGCUGCUGCACAGUAUGGCUUGCUUCUGGCGGCUGAUGCAGUGCGACAUCGGACUGCACGUCGCGUCGGGAGCCGGCCAAGAGCAUCCGGAUACGUAUUGCCAGGGCGGCGAUUGGUGGCACGCGUACGUGAGCGAUAUGUACUGGGUGACAAUGACUCUGAGUACUGUGGGAUACGGCGACAUCCAUCCGUACAAUACCAUGGCGAGGGUGUUCGCCAUGUUCGUGAUGUUCCUAUCCCCGAUCUUCUUCGGGAGCGUAGUGGCGGCACUCUCCAAGGUGAUCGAUAGGCUCUUCGACGAGAAGGUGGAGAGCUGCGUGGCCACCAUGUCGCAGUUCAUGCGGCGUCACAGCGUCCCUCUGGGCUUGCAGCGCAAGGUGGAGCGCAGCUUGCGGCAGGCGCUCGGCAACGAGGUCAAUGUCGCCCCGCUGGACCCCGAGCUCUUCGCACGCCUCUCGCCGGCACUCCAGCGCACGUUCUCCUUUGCGAUUCUCAGCAGCACGAUCGGGCGAUUCCCCCUCUUCAGGGGAGCCAUCCACUCCUUCGUGGCAGAGCUGGCACAGGCGCACAUGCUCGUGCACUGCUCCGCUGGUGACCUCGUGGGAGAGGCCGGGCAGCUCGUCGAGGACCUCGUUUUCGUUGUCAACGGCGCGCUCGUGGCCCGCUUCACCGCAAGCUGGGCGGACAGGUUGGAUGUGCCGAUCGAGGAGUUCGUCCAGGCUGGGGAGAAGCCAUUCGCUCGACGCACCUCGCAGGACGACGAUUUUACACCAGCGUCGACCGGCAGCAGCGGCACUGACAGGCAGAGGAUCCUGGGCAAGGGCGCCUGGUUCGGGGAGUCCUGCCUCGUGAGCCGGCAGCAUGUCCUCACCGCGAGCCUCAUCGCCCAGGGACUCUCGGAGCUGGCGGUGCUGAGCGAGGAAGAAUACUCGCGGGUUGUGAAGAAGUACCCCGCGAUGGCGGCGAGGCACGAGCGCCUCGUGGAGGAGAUGGGCGGCGGCACCAUCAGCCUCUCGGACUUCUCUUGGGCCGAACAGCCGUCGCAACGCUCGGCCGUUUGGGCGCGCAGCAGGAAGUAGGAGUAGUUGCCUUGGCCAAUCCAGCGCUCCAGUGCACAUCCCCGUUCCCUCGAUCUCACUAUCUUUUCUUCGUCUGCCUGAUGCUCUCUUGCUUCGUCAUCGUCUCUCCCUGUCCCCCAGGAGGCCUCAGCACGUUCCUUUUUCCGGCAUGGUGAUUAUUGCGCUACUGCGAAUUUGACUGUGGCCUCACAGUGACUAUUGUCAAUGUGUCGACUGGUCAGCGAAUUGGGCCGACCUCGCCAUGACCACAGGCCGCGUGGACUCCCUUUCGCAAGUAGCGCGUAGGGGGAGGCAUGUCAGUCCCCUUUUUUAGCACACGGGUGUUGCUGAUGCAGCUCUGCGGCCAAAAAGUUUGUGCUCGCUUUUUCUGCACUGACGCGUCGCGCGGAUCGGCGCCUGGCCUGGGCCUCUGCGCACGCGCGUGCUCGUCAGCGCUGGCGCUGAGGGCUGCGAGCAGCGGGCUCCAGCCCUCUGUCCAUCGUCGGGUCCAUACUCCGGUUCGACCUGUCCAUCAGCGACCUUCCCUUAGCGGGGUGAUCAUCGCCAUCCUCGUCAGCACCAUCAUCAUCACCACACGCACGGCCUGCGUCAGCUCGGUCGUCCUUUGUGCGCUCGCGGGCCCCAUCCUCAGGACUGCCAGCUAAUGUAUCCAGUUUUCCGAGUCGCCACGCUCGGCUCGAGUUGCUAAUGUUCGUGCAGUACACGCGUUUGGCUUGCAAAUGAGGGCAGCCAGAUGCGAGACAUUUGGAUUUCAUCGACAGUGCUGCAAGUGCUCGCCGUAGGAGGCUUGUGAGCUUGGCUUCCAACGGACCCGUCCGUCUGGACAAGAAAAUUAGAUUCAUGACCACAUCCGGCCAAUUGACGGGGAUUCCACGACACUGCCA